AUGGGUAACUCAUCAGGGAGCACCGUGGACGACCUGCAGGCGGUGGAGAUGCACCUGUGGUACAAGAAGUUCAUGACUGAGUGCCCCUCGGGUCAGCUCACCCUGCACGAGUUCAAGCAGUUCUUCGGGUUGAGAGGGUUGGACCAGGAGGCCAACGCCUACAUAGAGCAGAUGUUCCGCACGUUUGACAUGAACAAGGACGGGUACAUAGACUUCAUCGAGUAUGUGGCCGCUCUCAGUCUGGUGAUGCGAGGAAAGAUGGAGCACAAACUGCGCUGGUAUUUCAAACUUUAUGACGUGGAUGGAAACGGAUGCAUUGACCGACAUGAGCUCCUGAACAUCAUCAAGGCUAUCCGUGCGAUCAAUGGGAAUGAAAGUCAGGAAACAUCAGCUGAGGAUUUCACCAACAGCGUGUUCGACAGGAUUGAUAUAAACGGAGAUGGCGAGCUUUCCUUGGAGGAGUUUGUGGCCGGUGCUCGCAGUGACGAAGAUUUCAUGGAGGUGAUGAUGAAAAGUCUGGACCUCACCCACAUCAUGACGAUGAUCCAGAACCGGAGGAAAAGCGUCUAAGAUCUGCGCAGUCAGACACCCUCAUCCUGAUUCAUGAUUUAACCCGAGAGCUUCAGUUUAUAGACUGAGAACAGCGUACUGUAAACACUGACAUGACUUUUUAUCUAAUCUCUAAAAGAACGACACAUGUGCACUUUAAAUGCAUUUGGGUGACUCAGCCGACCUUUGCAAAGUGGUCAUUGUCCUCGUUUAUCGUCGCUGAGCUCUCCCAAAGCCACCUUAGCACGAGCGAUGAUCUCUCAGCCACAGAUUCCCCCGAGGGAUAACCGAGGGAGAGAGUGGAGCAGAGUGGCAACUACAUGCACUCAAUGCUUUCCAAAUCUUUUCUUUUUCUGGGUCUGAGUUCUGCAUCAAAAUCCUUAAAUCUCUUUUUCUCCUUGUGGGGUUUACAGGACUUACUCAGCAUGCGUGCUUCACAUCCACAAAAGGAUGUAAAAUACACAAACAGGUAAAAGUUUCUGAAGAGAUUUAGUGCAGAUUCUCAAAUGUUUUCCUUUUUUAAACCUUUUUUUUAACUUUUAAAAUAAAGUUCAAGCAGAAGACAAAAUACUGGCUUGUGGUUUGGUGGAUUUCUAGUGUGUGUGUGUGUGUGUGU